GGACGACGCGAGUGGAGUGGCCUUUGACCUCGGUUCAGCGCGUGUGUGUGGCCACGGGAGGUGAGGUCGAGGACGAAGGCAAAAUCUUCAUCAUCCAAACCAGACCAUGCCACCCGUGCGGCGAGGCCUAUCUCUACUUCUUCUCGCCCGAACUCAGCUCUCUGCUGGAGGGGCUUCACGAGGCCGUCUCCAAGCUCAUCUCGGCCUCGGCCGCGGACGACGUCUCCCUCAUCAGCGACCUGUCGGAGCUCUCGGGCGCCCUCAGCUCCGUGGUGGUGUUGCCUCAGCGACUGCCGGACCCGCCCAAGAUGCGCAAGUCCACAUCCGUCAUAGAUCUGGCUCAGAUUCACGAGCUGCAACCUCUGUGCAACAUCCACACUCCAACCCGCCUGAGCAGCAGUCAGUGCAACCUGGCUGAGGAGCUGCGAGGAGAGCCGCCUUUGCCGGGCCGGCUGCUGGGCCACUCCCGCCGCAGGUCGAUGAGCGAGACGAACCUCGCCAAACUCUGCCUGGACGAGACUGACGAAGAGCUGGAGUCGCGUGACGACGACCUCGAAGAUGCUGACCUCCGCCAGGCAGACCUCCCUAAAGACCGCACGUCCUCCUCUGGUUCCUACAACUCCUACCGGUCCACAGACUCUGGCGUCCGGCUCUCAGCCUCCCCCUCCACGCACUGCGACGGCGGCAGGUACAUGUCCGAGAACGCCGCCCGCCGCUUCGUCACCAAGUCCGACUCGAUAGACUCAGGCGUCAGAACGAAAGACGAGAACAGGGAGGUGGCGGUGGAGGGCGACGAGGCCAAAAAGGCGGAUCCUCAGGCAGGGGAUGGAAAGCAGGAGCCCUCCAGCCGGCGAGGCAUGAGCGCCCUGGAGGAGGAGCCGGACGUGGAGACCAAGGUGGGCGCAUGGUGCCUGCAGAGCGCAAGGGCCAGGAAGUCCUUCUUCGCUAAGAAUCUAAACGUGACGUGCGCGGCACACAAAGAGAGAAAGAAAGGGAGUCUGAGCAGGACCAUGUCGGAGUCCUACAAGGAAGUGACAGACAAGCAUGAUGAGUUCAGGCGGCUCUCGGAGUUCACAACGUCCUCUAAGGCUUGCACAGUGUAUGAGGAAAUAGUAGACGUCCUGAAGCCUCUGACCCAAGCGAACCAGCAAGCAAAAGAGCACGAUUACGAGGAGCUUGACAAGUGCCGGAGGGAUAUUAAGCGGAGUUACAGUUUCCAGGAAAAGACGAAGCCUCCUCCACUGCCUCCCAGGCGGCCGAAGUCCUUCUCACCUGACCCGUGGGCGGAAGAGGCUCUGUCCAAGUCAGGUACUCUCAAGAAAAUAUUUGGUCUUUCAUUUCAAAGCAAAUCUCAUUCCACAGAAAGCAUGCUCGAUGUGAGCUCAGGAUAUGAUGAUUUGUCUACAUUAGGUAGUGAGGAUAUGGCAAUGGUGCAGGCCCUGGGCACUCUGCCUAGAGUCAAGAAGAAACCCGUUGAUAGACGAGAGCGUCAGUCAAGCCGUUCAGCAUCCCCCAAAAUGUCGCCAAAACAGAAGGCAAGAUCUCUUUUUGGUGUUUCCCCGAGUAGGUCCCCCAUGAUUCCUAGGCCCAAACAUCUUUUUCUCUUUAAGGGUUCUGGCAAAAAUGAUACACAGACCUCACCGUUGUCUAAGCCAGGAUUUAGACUUCACCGUCAGUUUUCUCUUCAGGGUCAGCGGACGCCCAGCACGGACAGCUCCCUCGCGGACGCCUCCACACCCGAGACGCCCCAGCAGCAGCAGCAACAGCAGCAGCAGCAGCAGGCGUGUCAGCACCGGCAGUACUGGCGUCCCGAGGCUUCCAGUGGUCCCCCUGGCGAGCCUCCCGACGCAAGUGAGGAGGCAGCAGGAGGACACGCUGGAAAAGACUCUUAUGCUUUCCUCAAGUCACCAAAGUUAAUGUCAAAGACCUUUAGCUUCUUAAAGAAAUUCCCUAAAGAGAAAAGUGGCUCUUUAGAGAGAAAACGUAAGUCGGGCAUUAACUUUUUACCACCCCAAGACCUCUCCACAAAGUUCCCCAACAGUUAUUCCAUGGACAGUUUCGCUGUAGACAAAGGGUCCCAGAGUUGCGGUACACCCGUCAGGGACACGGACUCGGACUGGGCGGACGCUGACGUCGUCCCCGGGAGCAGAUUGCGCUCCAUGUCGUAUUUGCCGCCUUCCUCGCCAGCCAUAAGGAUCCCCUUCCACUCCCACCACGACUCCGUGACUACCACUCCUGCGGGAACUCCCACGGGCCACUCCUUCAGUCCCCUUCGGAAACUAAGCUCGCCGCAGCCCCCCACAGAUCCCUCACUUUGGAGGGACGAAGGGGACUGCUGGAAGGAGUGCGACUCUCGUCUCCUACCUGGUGGGUUUCCACCUCCUCCUCGGGAGCCUCCGCCUCCCCCCGCCCCCCAUGAACCUCAUUAUGCCAACCUGCCCCACCAUACCCACGACCAGGACUACAUGUCCAUGGACGAAGUUCGAGGGGCCUACAGGAGGAUCUCAAGCGCAUCUGUCGGCGAGGCAAGAAGAGACAGCGGAGGCUACCUGUCCAUGGGUGAGAUCCGGUCCUUCCGGGCAGGCGAUACCCCAGACUGCCCUGGCUGCAGCCAUGCGCCAGGAAGUAUCACGCACCACGACUGCCACCCGGAGCGCGAGGCCAUGCCCGAAGACCAUGAGUACAUGACAAUGGAUGACAUCCAGACAGUACUCCACACGGAGUUCCCGGGGAUCUACUCGUCGAAAGAGGAGAAAGAGCUGUACAAACACUGUGGGUACAAGAGCGCCCCCGCCAGCCGCAAGACCUCGUACUCUGAGGGUUCCGAUUACCUCACGCCUCAGGAAGUAGGGCGCAUGAUCCGGAGGGAGGUCCUGGCGAUACGCCGAGGAGGCCGAGAGGUGCCCGUGGAGCACCCACACCACAUGCAUGCCCACGCGCACACUUACGACCCUCAUCACCACACAAUGGACCCACACCACCACCAACACGACCCCCACCACCACCACCAACACGACCCACCUCCUCACCACCACCAGCAGGAAUCCCACGUCCACCACCACGACCCCCAACACCCGCAGUAUCACCACCACUAACACCACUGACACUUGGCAAAGGAAACCAACACCAUCAGAAAACAAGCCAAGGCCACUCGACGCCACCCUGGCUCACUCUGCACAAAGACGCCUCUGGACUCUUACAAUUCUUUGGCCUUAAGAUCACCAUGCUCAUGAAUAUGCAUUGUGUGCUUCUUUUUUACAUAUAUACAUAUAUAUAUAUAAUUCCCUUGCAACUUAUCAAUGCACCGUUAUGGAUAUAUAUAUAUAUACAUCUCUAUGUAUAUAUAAUUAUAAUAAAUGUGUAUGUGCUUCGGAUGGAUGCACAUAUGAAACCCAUGGAAGAAGAGGUACGAAAAGGUACUUAAGAUGUCUGUUUGUUUUUUAAAGAUCUUCGAAAGACUUUGACUUUCCCCGUUUGAAUCUACAGCGAUGGUGCCAACAUUCCCCGUGCCAAGACUCAUAGCUGUACCCAAGCUCAAGUCAUACUAGAGAGUGUACAGUUUAGAAUUAUCUACCAUAGACAUAAUUGUCUGAGACAAGAUAGGUAUUGAAAUUCCUCGAUUAUUUAUUUCUGGUAUUCGGUUUUGAGAUCAUUUAUAGCUGAGAAUACCUGUGCUUUGUCUCCACCAAUGCUCCUUCCUCUAUCAUAGCAGGUACGAAUAUGUCAUAAUUUUUUCACAACACUUGGUAUAUUUAGAUGGAUUUCCAUUUGAGUAUAGAUUAGCUUUGUAAAUUUUAUGUGACACAACGACCGUAGGAUUUUAAUAUACAAGCUUUGAGAUGUUUAUAUAGACCUUAUCAUGUCCUCAGAUAUUUUGGAUUGGUGCAGUAUCCCCUCGACUCAAUGCUAGUUUGUUCCAUUCUGUUCGUCGUGAAGGUGCCAGGCAGAAGUGGCACUUGUGAGGAGGGUCAGUCAAGAGUGAAAGUGAAAGUGUGAAUAGGUUUCCAAGAGUUUUUCUAUUUCUCUCUCUUCUCUCUUCGAGUGUGUUUUGGAGAUGUAUCAACACAGAUUUUUCAGAUACUGUGUAUCACUGUUUGUUUCCGUUCAUAUAUAAUACCCAACGCUGCCUUCAUUGUAAUAACCGUGAAUUUCAGAAAGUUUUCUACAAAGUCUUUGGAAAUGAAAAAAAGUCAUAGUUUAUACUCGCCUUAAACUGUUAUAAUGUUAUGAUAUGAUUUAAACUUGUACGUAUUGAAGAUUGUGAAGGAUGUCGAUUAGUCAGCUUAGUCAGUCCUAAGCUGAGUAGAACUGUUGCCUCACUUCCUCAAUGAUUUAGCAUUGUUGUGUGAUAUUAUGCAGAAGAAAAUAAGGAUGAUUUUAAAGCCUUUGAACUUCUUUUCUCUCAAUGAACAAAGAUCUUAAGAGUUAUGUGUACGAAGUUCGGUUUUCAUUAAGGAAACGCAGAACUGCCUUACGAAACGGAAGUGAGAUCAGUAUUACUAGAUAUGUAAAUCAGACCCAACUGUGCCAAUCGACUCCAGUAAAACUACACUUCAAAGUGCCAGGCUGACCCACACUGCCUUUAUGCGCAAAGUGCCACUCUCGCCUGUAACCUCACCGCUAGAACGUUUUCCUCAGAUAGUGUUUUGUGUAGAGCAGACAACCAAGAGGGGUUGGUGUUGUCUGUGUAUUGCGUAUUGUUAAAGGGUGUCUUCUUUGGGUAUACCGCGAUCUGGUCCCUUGUUCAUUAUUAGUUAAGUGAAGGGAGGUGGUCUACUAGCCACUAGCAAGGUACGGGUUGCUCUGCUUGUGACGGGCGAUGCAUGGUCUAUUGCUGGCUGUUCUGCUAGCCACGUCGGACCACCAGUCAGCCAUCGUUCCGAGAUGGACCAGAUGCAGCUAGUGAUGGAAAGGGAAGGAAAGUUAUUGUUUUUUCUCCCCCAAGAGAAUCUGAUAGAUCUCUGGGACUCAAGACCCAAGUGGAGGAAGGGGAAAGAGUUGUCGGUGUCUGCACUUCAUGUACUUUUUUUAAAAUCCAAUCUUAAAUGUGUAUAUCCUGUAAGUGGCUAGGAACACUGCCAUGUGCUACUCCAGAGACAAUACUACAGAUGUACAUUUUAUUACUGACGUAUCACUGAUAGGUUGAGGUAGACUAUUUCGUUCGAACACGAGGAGGGAGUCUCGAACACCAAGACUUCUGAGACCAAGACGGCGCCAAGCCAGGACGGGCCAAAAAAUCGCACAAUACCUGAGACAAUAUGGUGUGAACUUACAUUGACUUUAGGGCAUUUUUUCCUGUUUGACCUUGUGACCUUCAAGGUGACUGCCAUUGUCAGUUUGAAAUGUUUCGAGGUGAGUUUUCGUGCGCCCCUCACUCCCGAAAAAAUAUAAAUGAUAAAUAACUCCGGAAGUCACAACCACUGCCUGGGUGUCUCUGAAGUGUCAUUGAUGUUGAUUGUGACUUGCUUCGUGUUGCUUCGGUUGUUUUGGCAUAAUUAUUGGUGUAUUUGUUGUCCUCUCUCUCUCUCUCUCUCUCUCUCUCUCUCUCUCUCUCUCUCUCUCUCUCUCUCUCUCUCUCUCUCUCUCUCUCUCUCUCUACGUCUCCUACUUCACACCUGUAACUCCAUUAUGCUUUUGUUUCAGACCCAAUUAUCAGUUUCCGCCUUUUCUCUAUCCCUAUAUCCCUCCUUUUUUUCUUUUCUUCUUCUUUUGUCCUUUCUUUCUUUUCCUCCGCAUUCUCACUACCAUGCCGUUGUAUCAAUCACAACACUAGUGUCAGUAGUCUGGUAUCCAGACUUACCACGUCAGUGCACAUUUCCCGUGACUGAAAUCGUGCUCGCGAGGACCCCAUCCUCACCAGAGCGCAGAGUCAGCUGUUCUUUGCGUCCAUAGCAUUCUGUCAUGACACCUCCACACAGCUGAUCUAGAGUUGCCAGACAGGGAUAUUCCGUUUGCAAGGUGUCUGUUGGUAAAGGAAGUUCGCUGUGUUGUUUAAUGGCCGUUAUGUGACUGAGCAAAUGCAUUUUUUUUUUUAAUGAGAGUAAAAUAUCAUGAUGAGAGUCGUGUACUAUGUAUGUGUGGAUACAUGCAUUCAUUGAAUCAGAUAUGCGUGUCCAUACAAAUGUACAGAAUACACACACACACACACACACACACACACACACACACACACACACACACACACACACACACACACACACACACACACACUCACUCACCACUCACACACACACACAAAGAAAAUUCAACACAACACAAUGCAAACACACAGGCAUAACACGCACAUGUGUAUGCACAGAUGACAACUAUACACCUGUAAAACCGCAACAAGACCCCAGCAGCUGCACAAGACCACUCCCAGUUCUCCACAAUCCCUCUGCCAUCACCACUGUGUUGUUCCAUCCUUCCUCAGGUGGUGUUGUCACUUGCCGACCGCACGGAGACACCACUGACGAGGUGAGGCAGUGCAAGUAAGGCUCGAGGGUCACGCUGUGUGUGUACAAAAUGAGUUGUUGGUUUUUUUCCACAUCCUGGUUGGACGCGGCGUUCGUUUGUCGUUUUUUCAGUGUAUGUUUCGUGUCUGUUGAUUCCCGGAGGAGCUGACUGCAAACCCUGACUGACGACUCUCUAAUAUAUAUACUUUUUUUCUUGGCAUCAUUAACUGGUGACUAUGAGACUAGCUGUAAAAAAGAAGAGAGAACUCAUGAGCAGACUUAGAAGAGGAAAACAAACAGAAACGAUAGUGAAAUUAAUUUAAAAAAGAGAGAAGGCCACGGGGGAUGACUUAUCAAGCGUUCGCACACCAGCUGUGAAUGGCCUGUGUUUACAACGUCCUGUUAUCAGCUGAUCUUGAAGGCUCAUCCUAGGUUUACGAGAUGUGUUGACGCGUGUGAUUAGCCUCGACGACCUUGACCCAAACUGACUAAGAGCUCAACAGACUCCUCUCGCCCUUUUGUAGAUCAGCUGUUAUUUUUUUGAUUAUUCACUCUCUGUUGUUCGGAAAAAAAUAAUGAUAAUAUAUAUACCAAAAAGAUAAUGUUUAUAGGUCUAUUUGAGUGUAUGUUUAAACAAAGCCCAAACCCCUGACCUGAUGUCUACUUCCUGUGUAAACGAGACAAUGGGAUCUGAUGAACCAAGAGAUGUUGAAAAGCCACACUGCAGCAGUGCAAAACCCGAAACCAUUCCAGGCCAAGGCAGUCUUCGCGGAAUCUCUCGCCCGCUCCCUUCUGCGUACCAACGGGGUGUUCCUCCUGCGCCUUCGUUCUUCGUGACGCCGUAGGCCCCCAGGUGACUCCUCCAGAAGGCACAGGAAGACCGAGAGGGUGGUCCAAGGGGCCUGCCAAGACUGCGGCGACGCUCUUGGACUCAUCUUGGGUGUCUCGUGUGUCGGGCGAGUCAUGUACCAGCGCGACUCCGGCCGGCGAAGGGAGAGUCUGCCCCAGCCACCGAGAAGGGGGGCGGGGAGGCAGAGGGCGCUCAAGGCCGAAGUACUGUGUUGCAUCCGCGUGUUUUACAUGCACUAUAAGUACUGAGUCUCUUCCCUGGACGUCUCGUUAGUUCGUCUCUCCGAGGGAACAAAGUCCAAGGAAGUGAAAAAAGGCGGAAGACACACAGGACGACGUACAAGUAAGGCAAUCUUCGUCGGCGCAAGACGUCACCGAAUUACGUCAUCGCCAAAGUCUCCGGAACGAACGAACGAACGAACUCGGACGUGAAAACACCCCCACCACCUCCCCCCACCUCCUACUCCCUCCCCCGGCGAUUCGCCAGUCCCUGAAGGCGCCGACGGGGGGCAGAGACGACUGAAAACCAUUCAUAAAUAUACAUAAUAUAUAUAUAUAUAAUGUCACACUCAUGCCGGACGCGCCAUCUGCUUCGGAAGCCUCGACGUUAACAAGACACUUCGGAUGUCGCGGACUGAAAGAUAGUAAGUGUUUCUCCCAGUGCUUUUUAGAAAUCACAUGUGUUGAUGGAUAUUGUCCGGAUGCCAAAAAGGAAAUAAAAAAAAUACUGUCCUCCGAUUUCUUAAUAAAAGAAAAAUAUUU